AUGGGGACAAUCCGAGAUCUCCGCGCGGGCCGCUCGAAUCAACCCUGGGUUGAAUUUCUGGAUAACGAGAUUGCUACAACUGACUCGCAAACCGCCAGACAUGCAAUCGUCAAAAUCUUCAGACGAUCCCUUUUUUCGGCGAGGGGAUGUCUACCUUCAGAUGCGGCUCUGCAGAUAGAUGCUUACUAUGAAGAAAUAUAUUUAGCGUCCAAUCCGGCGCUGAAAGACCAAGAUGACAAAGGCAUGGUCGAGUUCCUUACCGGACUUUACGGAGUUGUCUCCGACUUGGUGUUAAUCAUACCCUACCACCACGGUUUACAAUAUGCCAUCAUUGACUUACUCUUCGAACUUCGAAAUCUACCGUCGAGGAAGAUCAGGAUUGAUAAUGAGGAUUACGUUGUCUACGAGCACGAACCCGUAAUCGAAAGAAUGAUGAGCCAUAAAUGGGGAAACCACUCCCCAAAAGAUGACACUAGCCCAGAGGAGCUUGAAAGAAAGUGUGAACAAUGGGUCAACAUUUCCGCCUUCAUUGCCCGCUGUAUCGAAGCUGGUUUUAACGACCGAUUCAAAGAAAAAUGUAAAUUCCCCUGCGUGGACAUUCCGAAGGCUCUCGAGGAGGACAACCCCCCUGGAGUUAGGCGUAGCUGCUUAAUAAGAGUGGCAGUGCAGUACAUCAUGAUAGCAGGCAACAAGAUAUGCCAGCAGAAGAUCGGAAAGGGAAAAACUGAAGAGCAACAAAUGUGGCUUGGAAAGUGGAAGAUCUGGGCAGAGAAGCUGCUCCAACUUGCCGAACAAAAUAAGCUUGAGCCAGGCCUGACGUCCGAAGUACGAGAGGCCCACGGGACCAUGGUGGCAUUGCAACCUCAAUUAUUUAAGUUUACACGUUAG